AUGUUGACUCUUUGGCACUCGUUUUCGGUUUGCAUCGUCUUUCUGUUUCUGGUGCAAUCUGCCGAUGGACUACGGUGCUAUUCUUGCGUUAAUUGCAAUGAUCCAUUCGAUUCAACCGGGGUUCAAACACCCGUAGGAUCAGACGAUGCGUAUUGCGUGAAAACGAAAGUAGCAUCGGUGGUAACCAGAAGCAUCCUACCAAUCUGCGUCUCACUCAAUGCUAAAGAAAAUGGUGUAUGGUGUUGCCAGAAAGAUCUGUGCAAUAGUACCACGAAAACAAAGACAAUGAGCUCGUUCUUUUUCAGCAUGAUAAUGAUUUCUGUUAUGAAAUUUUAUUAA